AUGAACAAACCCAUAACAGCAUCAACAUACGUGCGCUGCCUCAGUCUUGGACUAAUUAGAAAGCUGUCCGAUUUUAUUGAUCCUCAAGAAGGAUGGAAGAAGUUAGCAGUCGCUAUUAAAAAACCAUCUGGUGAUGAUAGAUACAAUCAGUUUCACAUAAGGAGAUUUGAAGCAUUACUGCAAACUGGAAAAAGCCCCACAUGUGAAUUACUGUUUGACUGGGGCACCACAAAUUGCACAGUUGGUGAUCUUGUGGAUAUUUUGGUCCAAAAUGAGUUUUUUGCCCCUGCAAGUCUUUUGCUACCAGAUGCUGUACCCAAAAAUGUUAAUACACUGCCUUCUAAAGUCACUGUAACAGUUCAGCAGAAACCGAAGCCCGUCUGUUGCAAAGAUAGGACAUCUGUGAUAUCUGAUGAGAAUCUUAAACAAAACUAUGUGCUACCUGACUCCUCAAGUCCAGAAAAUACAAGUUUAGAAUUUAGUGAUACACGUUUUCACAGUUUUUCAUUUUUUGAGUUGAAGGAUGUCACAAAUAACUUUGAUGAACGGCCCAUUUCUGUCGGUGGUAACAAAAUGGGAGAAGGAGGGUUUGGAGUUGUGUAUAAAGGCUAUGUGAACAACAGGACAGUAGCAGUGAAGAAGCUUGCAGCAAUGGUUGACAUUAGUACUGAAGAACUGAAACAACAAUUUGAUCAAGAAAUAAAAGUAAUGGCAAAGUGUCAACAUGAAAACUUAGUAGAGCUCCUUGGUUUCUCAAGUGAUGGCGAUGACCUCUGCUUAGUGUAUGUUUACAUGCCCAAUGGUUCAUUGCUGGACAGACUGGCUUGCUUGGAUGGUACUCCCCCACUCUCUUGGUACAUGAGAUGCAAGAUUGCCCAGGGUACAGCUAAUGGCCUCAGUUAUUUACAUGAAAACCAUCAUAUUCAUAGAGAUAUUAAAAGUGCAAAUAUCUUACUAGAUGAAGACUUUACAGCCAAAAUAUCUGACUUUGGGCUUGCACGGGCUUCUGAGAAGUUUGCCCAGACAGUCAUGACUAGCAGAAUUGUGGGAACAACAGCUUAUAUGGCACCUGAAGCUUUGCGAGGAGAAAUUACACCCAAAUCUGACAUCUACAGCUUUGGUGUGGUUUUACUAGAAAUAAUAACCGGACUUCCAGCUGUGGAUGAACACCGUGAACCUCAGUUAUUGCUAGAUAUUAAAGAAGAAAUUGAAGAUGAAGAAAAGACAAUUGAAGAUUAUGUUGAUAAGAAGAUGAAUGACAUUGAUCCCACUUCCAUUGAAACUAUGUACUCUGUUGCCAGUCAGUGUCUGCAUGAAAAGAAAAAUAAGAGACCAGACAUUAAGAAGGUUCAACAGCUGCUGAAAGAAAUGACAGUUUCUUAAAACUUUAUUGGAAUAGACUCUUGGAUUUUUCUAUACAGCUAUCUAAAUCAUUUUUUAA